AUGGACGCUAUAUCCCCAAAUGAUAGUGAAUACAGUGAGCUUGAUACAUCUGAUGAUGAAUAUCUUCCUAGUGAAGAGGAAAGUGACAGUGAUUCACCGGGCCCGGGCAACCGCUUAGGCUUAACUGCCAAACAGAGUAAAGCGCAUAGCAAGAAGAGGCUCAGAGAUGACUCUGAUGAACAAGAUGACAUACCUUUGUCAGUCCUGAGGACCAGACUUCAUACAGUAGAUGUGGAUAUGUUGACCCAAAUGUUAGAUGAACCAAUGUGGGCUGACGUACCUUUUAUUGUCCCUGACACAACAUUCCUAGGUGAACAACAAAGUCUUCCGGACUACCUGAAAACUCCCUAUGAAUUUUUCAAAGAUAUAGUUACAGACGAAAUGAUUGAGAUGAUUGAAACCCAAACAAACAUUUAUGGAUUACAAAAAUCCGGGAAAGAACUGAAAACAUCCAGGAAGGAAAUAGAGCUUUUUAUCGGGCUUUACUUAAGAAUGGGGCUUGUAAAAGCUCAUAAUGCCAAGGAAUACUGGGCUGCAGAUACUAGGCACCCACCAGUAGCGGAUGAAAUGUCACGCAACAGGUUUACUACCUUAGCUACACAUGUUCACUUCGUCAAUAACGAAGAACUUUCAGAUCAAGAGAAAGAGCUGGACAGACUGUGGAAAAUUCGACCGUGGAUUGAAAUGCACAGAGCACAACUGGAAAAAAUAUCCCAAAUACAGUGUCAGAGUGUCGAUGAAAUAAUGGUAGCCUUUAAAGGAAGGUCCCCCAUGAAGCAGUACAUUAGAAAUAAACCUCACACAUGGGGCUUUAAAUUAUGGGCGAGAGCCGGCAGUGACGGAAUUUUGCACGACUGGGAUGUCUAUCAGGGUUCCUCUGGCAAGACCCAAAAAAAAAGUUCUGGUGCUUCGCUCGGCCUUUCAGGUGAUGUGGUUAUGACAAUGACAAAGAAGUUGGCAGAUGGAAAAAAUUUCAAAGUGUUUGCUGAUAACUUUUUCUCAAGCCUGGAUAUCGCCAAUUCAUUGAAAGAUAGAGCAAUUUGGUUCACCGGCACAGUAAGAGAGAACAGAUUGAAUGGCUGUUCCAUGAAAACAGAAAAAGCCUUAAAGAAAGAAGGUAGGGGAUCUCAUGACGCAGUGGUAGAAGUCAACUCCAAUACAAUAGUCGUCCGUUGGCUUGACAAUAGAAAAGUUGAUCUCAUUUCAACCUGCACUGGCACUGAACCCAUGUCAAAAGUCACCCGCUAUGACAAAAAGCAAAAGAAGAAAAUUGAGGUGCCCUGCCCAGCUGUUGUGCAGGAAUACAAUCAGAAAAUGGGUGGAGUGGAUUUGACCGACUGCCUAACUGCCCUUAACAAGUACCCUCUGAAAUCUCGCAGGUGGUACACGUACAUUUUUUACCACUCUAUCUGUGUGUCGGUAGUUACAGCAUGGCUUAUGUACAGGCGCCAUUGUGUCCUUCUGAGAGAAAAACACAUGAAUCUCUCACAAUUUCAAAGUGCUUAA